GUGGUUUAUAAUUGUGACAUUCUGGCAAAUACCCAAAAAAAUAUAAUAAACUUGUCAAAAGAGAAAGAGACCUUGCACUCCUAAAUCUGUGCUCUUUGUGAUCUAGCAAAUGGCAACCACGGUGGCUACGUCUCUCCCUCAAUUCAAUGGGCUAAGACCCACAAUUUCUGCAGCUCCUGUUAAAUCCCUGGCAGCAGUUCAGCCAAUGAAGCGCAAGGCAAAUGGUGCUCUGGGUGCUCGCUGUGACGGUUUCAUCGGUUCACCCACAAAUUUGAUAAUAGUGACUUCAACAACCCUAAUGCUAUUUGCUGGAAGGUUUGGGUUAGCCCCAUCUGCAAACAGGAAGGCCACAGCAGGAUUGAAGCUCGAAACAAGGGACUCUGGACUGCAGACUGGUGACCCAGCUGGUUUCACUCUUGCUGAUACCUUGGCUUGUGGAAGUGUAGGCCACAUUAUUGGUGUUGGUGUUGUUCUUGGCCUUAAGAACAUUGGUGCUCUGUAAAAAUGUUAAAUAUUCACAACUACUAUUUCAGUUCUAAAUUUCCUCUCUGUAAUCUCUAUCCAAUGCUCUCUUUCUUUUCUUUGACUAACUUUUUUCUCCAAAUCAAAGCAGUACCGUGAGGUCCAUGACAUUUGUGAGACCCCUUCUGGGCCCCUUUCAAAAUUUGGAAAAAGAAAAGGAAGAAGAAAUAUCUGUCUUACCUUUUGAA